UCGACGCCGCUGCACUGGGCGGAAACCCGGACGUGGUGGCGACGUUGCUUGCAUCGGGUUGUGCUUCGGAUGUGAACGUGGUGUCGGUGUUGUCGAGGAGGUCCGCCCUGCACGUGGCCGCUGUGUGCGGCCACGAAGCGGCAGCGAAGAAGCUGAUCAUUGCCGGAGCCGACGUAAACCGGGUCGACCCAGGGGAUGCAUGCGUCUCGUUGCAUGUCGCCGUUGAAGGGAGACACGGUGACUUGGUAGACUUGUUACUGAUCGGCGGAGCUUGUCCCAAUUCUCGCACCAGGGUCGGCCGUACGCCGCUACACCUUGCUGCUGCAAGCGGCAACAAUCGUGUUGUGUCGACCCUGCUCGGCAGCAGCGGCAACAAUCGUGUUGUGUCGACCCUGCUCGGCAACGUCAGGACCGAUGUCGACGCGCUCGACAGCAGGGGGUUUCCCCCACUUAUGGUGGCGUCUGAAGGAGGCCACUGUUCUACCGUCUAGGCUCUCCUGCGGGCUGGUGCCCGCAUGACCCUACGUCAUGCUGGAGCCCAUCUUCGCAUGACGGCAAUGGAUAUAGCGGCAUCAAAUGAACACGUUGGGGUGAUCGAAGCUAUUGUUGAGAACGGUGGUAGCGUGAGAGCUACCGACCCCCUCGGCUUGACUGCUUUGCACCACGCCCGCGGGGGAGAGGUGGCAGACGUGCUUCUCGAUGCUGGGGCCGAUGUCAGCGCCAAAUUAUGUCCGACAUUGCUUGGGUUUACACCUAUCCUCGUGUGCGCCAUGGACAACAGGCGCUAA